AGCCAGAAGAUCACACCUGAAUCGUUAAUGUUUUAUGUCUCAAAACUAGGCACUCGAGUUGGGUACGGGAUUCUAUGGUCGACUGCCAAUUUUCCGAAGUGGUGCGCACCUCCAGCCUCAUACAUCCCUCUCCUUUGACGCUAUUGUUGUACUGGUCCCAAGAGUGACUAUUUCGCCUGUCAGUCCUGACAAACGCAUCGGGAAGACGAGACACAUUUUCUUUGAGAGCACAGCACAUGUUCACUGUGCGAAAAUAGAGCUCCAUUUUCUGUACCGUGGAUGAACGAAAACAGACAUACGUAAGGAACGUAUCCAAUUUUGCUAGGGGCAGAACCUGGGGAAAAUAUGACUUCUGUUUGUGUCUGGAUCCUCGUGAAAGACAAAAUAAGAGGGAGCAACUCUGCUUGCUGCAGCAAACGACUCUCCCCCGGCGCAAGAGGCAGCUCCAGUUGACAAGAGAUGUUUUUUCUUCCCUUGCGAAACUCCGAGAAACCACAGUGAAGGAAGCAUCAAUUUUUGCAUUGGAUCCAUCAAUUGGAACGGUUCUGUCAGAUCACGCAAGACAUGAGAAAACUGCACGACCAUAUAUCUGUGUAGAUAAGUCGUGUACACUGUUGUACGAGUGCACAUCUUUGAUUACAUGGUUCCAGAGGCACUGUUAUUCCCUUGCCUGCCUGUUCAGAUGUGUCAGACAAUGCUGAGCCAGAGAAAAACACCGGCAAUGAUGGAGAGAGUGUGUUCGAACAGAAACGUCGACCGUUUGUGGUUACACGCCACACGCUCCGCCGUCUUCGCCCUCUGCUUCAUCAUCCUUUUCACCUCUUCAAGUCCAUCUUCCGCGUGGCUGUCUACACAAUUUGAUCCUCAAAUGUGGUACCGCGAAACGGGCAACGCCCCACAAAAGGAAGGACUUCUCCCAGACCGCGUCAAAGGAGAGGAAAGACGAUCCUUGCAGGAUUGUGGGACUCAGGAAAUGCGCGUCCGACAGAAGCGUGGCUGACAGCGUGACACCGAAACCCCAGCUCCACAGAAGAGAGAAGAAAAAAAAACGCAGUUUUAACGACGGCGCACCAAGACGCACCGCAAGUGACGAUUUCAGCAGAAAGCACCCAAACGUCAAGCUCAGACCAAUCCAAGACCACGAGCGUGGUUCUGUUUCACCUGUGUUCCUGUGUACAUGCACGGUGCAGAGCUGCGUGAUGGAAUUUUAAGCAGGAUGUAGAAAUAAGUCAUCUGCAGAGAGAUUCGUGCGUUGUCGCUCCACAACUACUCAAAUUUCUACCUGUCAGGAAGAAUUCUGAUUCUUACUUUCUACCCCGUUUUUUCGUCGAAAGUCCUGUGAGGCUAUACGGGAGCAGAACUGUAGUUUAUCG